AUGUGCCGCGCCGCCACCCAAUGUAAAAAUCCACUGUUGACGGACGCUUUCAAACUGCUGCACGACGAUUGUGAAGAGUGUAAAUUUUUAUUCAACCGAAAGGCCGAAUCUGUGCGAAUGAAAGCGCAGUUGAAGAAGGCGCUGGAAGAAUCUGAGGAAGAGAGGAGGAAGGAGGCCGCAAUGGAGAAGAAGAUCAAGGAGAAAGAGCGAGAGGAAAAGCGAAAAGCUGACGAGCAGAAAGCUGAAAGGCUUAAGCUUGCGAAGGAAAGACUAAAGCUGGAGAAAAGCAAAUGGAAGGGUACUGAUCCUGCUAAGUUGAGUACAUCGUUCUUUCCAUCGACUACACCGUUCCUUCCAACGCAGGAAGCUCAAGAUAGAGCUAAGGCGGCUGCUGAGAAGAUUCCGAAAAAGACGAGGGGAGCUGUGGCGAAGACUCCGAAGAAGACUAAGAAAGUCACCACCAAGGCUGAUGAGGCGAUGUAUAUGAGUGCAGUCAAUCAACAUCGGAAAUAG